AUGGCCGCUGUUCUUACAGUAGCAGCACAGGUUCUGACAUCUGCUAUGCUCCUUGGACAUUGGACGUGUGUCUACCGUCGAGAUGUCCAUCAAUGCAGGACCGUCAGGUGCUGCCCGAUUGGAACUUGCACGAUGAUAGGAGCUACCAGAACGGCUUUAAUCCGAGUGAGGCUGGAAGUACGUGGGCUCGAGAAAUUUAGCAGCCGCAAUAGCUUCUUCCAGCGUGCCACAUUGUAA